ACCUAAAGCUUUGCCAUAGUAGGAUUCAGCCGGCAGCAGCAUCUCGGCAAAGACUGGUUCAGAUAUCCGCAGUACCAUCAACCACAGCUUCCCGUAGCCUAUAAUGCGGAAGGACACUUAACAUCAGACCUCGACUGAAACAUUUCCAAAGGAUUUUGCAGACUCUUUUAUGGAAACCGAGGCUGCUGUGGUAAUGCUGCCUCCCAAGAACUGCCUCCCCAGAAAUUACAGUUGUAUCGCUAGGCUGUUCGGAAGCUUGACAGCAUCAGAGCAAAAGCUGGAGGACGGAGAAGAAGAGAUGGAGGGGGAGGAGGGCAAGAAUGGGGACUGUGAAGCAUUAGAGAUCAGCGUAGUGAAUGAAAAACCGAGAGGAAGGGAGUCAUUCCUGAAGCCCCCGCAUAGCCCGACUCAGCGCCGCAGGUGCAAGUCUCUCCCCACGUCGGCUGAAAGAGCCAAACUAGAGAUCGCACGAAGCCGGAGCCCAAGCAGUCAGAAAAAGGUACGUUUCGCCGACUCUCUGGGCCUGGACCUGAUUUCCAUCAAACACUUUGAUGACACGGAUAUGCCUGAGGUACCAGACCGCAUUAUUGACAAAUUCAAAAAAGCCAGAGCGCUCCACUUGAAUAACUUCGACAAGUCCAACACAUCAAGCCAGUCCGUGUUUAUGGAGCUGCUCUUCACAAAUCCAGGAUCCCUGCCAGACUUCCUUGACAGAGUUACUGCAGCGAAGGUUUUACUGGAGACUGUUCAGGCUGAUGAAUUCAGCCUCUCGGGGAUCGUGCGGGUUUUUAACUUGGCUUUCGAAAAAAAGGUCUAUUUGAGGUACACCUUAAAUAACUGGAGCACAUUUAUGGAUAUUCUGGCGUCCUACGUCCCCCAUUCCAGCGACGGGCAGACUGACAAGUUCAGCUUCAAAAUCAUCACCCCGACCUUUCUGGAAUUUGGAGGAACACUGCAGUUUGCCAUCAAGUAUUGUGUCGAUGGAGGUGAAUUUUGGGACAACAACAAUGGGAAUAAUUACAGAGUAAGACGACACAGAUUUAAAAUAUCUCCUCCAAGAGAAUGGGAAAACGGCUGGAUACAUUUUAUUUAGUGCGCGCGUCAGCCGUUCCGCUAUGGCGAUGCUUGCUCAUGAAUAUUAAUUAUAUGACUUCCCUCGACGAAUUGGCUAAGUAAUAAUCAUGAGCCAAGGCUUCGCCAUAGUAGGACUAAAAAUUUACCCAGCAGUGCAUCCUGAAGGAUCUACUGACCUUCCAUUAAAAACGUAUGUAGUAUACCACAUGGUAAAUGUAACACCGUUGUCUGUGCUUUUGUCAUUGCUUAAAAGAUAUUAGGUAGAGAAUGGGAAAUCGAAUUGACGUCAAAAAGGUAACCACUAUUUGACAAACGUAGUCAUAUUUCCAUCGAUGUAAAACACUGAUUGAUUAGCUGCAGUGUAUAUGGAUGGUCAUGGAGACAAGACCCCUGUCCUGCAUUCAUUAAAAUGAGCAGCACCAUUUUAAUGAGCCCAGUUUACAUUUUGCUUUAAUGCAUGUGCUGUAAUAGGAUAUUGUGUAAUAAUUACAUAAUCCACGGUGAGCCUGUUACUCUUCAGUUCCAGUGAAAUCAUGGUGUUUCAGCAUCACUGUGCUUGUUUUACAUGAAAUUGCAGCUAAGGCUACCUAUGAGGAAGAUUUUGAUACAAUAAUAAAUCAUGCCUUUUAGAAGAGCCUAAUAUAAAAAAUGCAGCUAGUUUUGCUCUGCCUGCUCCAAGCAACAGUCCUUGAACAGCUGCCUCUUGAGACCAGGGGAAUAAGGAUUACCUGCACAGCUCUGCACAGACAGAGCAAAAGUCAAUUUACAGAGCCGAGGUGUCUUGCUUUAGCAAUCAAUGUGGAGCAAUUAAAUAUUGCAUACGAUUUCUCUUCCUCAGAAAACAUACAGGCUGUUGACUGUUUUGUGUUUUACUUUUAAAGUUGUCAAAAAAUGAUUCUUUAUAUUUUUUUAAAUAUAUAAUAAUAAUAUAUAAUAAUAGUUGGGAUAGUCCACUCAAAAAUGAAAAUUCUCUCACAUUUACUCCCCCUAAUGUCAUCCCAAAUGUACAUUACUUUAUUUCUUUAGAUUUAAAAAAAAAAUUCAUCUUUUGCACAUUAACACAUUAACAAAAGGGUAAUUUUUUGGGUGGACGAUCCCUUUAAUGCAUGUUACUGGUCUUACUGUGAACAAUUCAUCCUUGCAUUCCUGUGAAAUGCAAAACGCAGCUGUGUUCAGUGACCAUUCCAGUAGGAAACACUCACUUGUCACAAUCCAAUCAACAACUGUUUGAUAAAAUCAAUUCCUGCCUAACAACUUUUCUUUCUCAUUUUUACUCUGAAAUAUGUCAUAAUACGAUAAUAGAUAGAUAAUAGAUACGAUAGAUUCAGUCCCAACCUCUGUUUUAGAAAAUAGUUUUAUAUUUAAGGCCCUGAUUAAAUAAAACUCUGCUACCAUCCAAACUACAUCAGUCUUAAUAAUUACUACUACUUGUACAUAAGAUUUUACAGGUGAUAAAUGCAAUCGUUGAUGAAGGAAGUUGUGGCUUAUACUGCAAGUGUUUUUGCAACCCUUUUGACACAUUGAGUAUGUUAUUGUACGGUGGUCAUGCUUAAUUUUUAAAUUUCUACAGUGUUUCUACAGCUUUCUCCUGGGCAUUUAAUAAUUUUUGACCUCUCAGUGUCAUUUAAAUAAAUAUAUAUUUUUUAAUACCUUUCCCUAUCAGCAAUGACAUAUGACCUAUAAAUGAAUAUACUUUAGCUUAGUAGUAAUUGUUUUAAUUGAUGUGGUUUGGAAUUGGUAAAAUGUGCUAAAAAAAACCCCCAAAAAACAAAAACCCAAAAAACAAACAAACAUAUGAUCAGAAUACUGAUGUAUGCAUGCACUACUCCCUAUCCAUCCCACAUUUUUAUGAAAAAGUCAUUAAUAAAUGACAGAAAUUUGCAUGACAGCAUGACAUCAAAGUGGCUCUGUAAAAUGUUCCCUAUUUUAAAAAACAACAAGUUUUGUAUAUAUAUAUCUAUAUAUAUAUAAUUAUGUCUGAUAAACAGGCCUGUUGUUAGUUUCCCAGAAACACAAUUUCCUACACAGCUGCUACACUAUAGUUUUGUGUCUCUACUGUAUAUCACUGUGGUAUCUUGGCUUUGUUUUAGGCAUCAUAAAAUAAUUGUAUUGCUACAUACAUUUAAUCUCCAUCGAUUUAUUUACUUGGUAGCUGUUUAAAAAGUAUGAUUACAUACAGCCAGUCAGGCAUUGUCCCAAAAUAAACCCCUGAUCAUUAUGUAAGUCUGGAUCAACCUGUAGGGCAGUGAUUCUCAAUCCUGGUCCUGGGGGUCCACUGCUCUGCACAUUUUGCAUGUCUCCCUUAUUUAACACACCUGACUGAGAUCAUCAGGACCAGGACCAGGAUUGGGAACAACUGCUAUAGGGGGUUAUUUUACAAUGAAAACAUAAUCUUGCUAUAUAAUCUUGUACAUACCUAAGACCAAAAACAUGUCUGCUGUGAAGAAUCUUACACUCUUCCAACAAUUCCAGGUUUAUUCUCUUUUUAAUCAAAUGAUAACAUAUUGAAGAGAUAUUAUUUAUUUAUUUAUUUUUUAACACAACCAAAUGAGUAGGUAUUUUCAGGGAUGAUUAACAUUUAAAAUGUCCAGACCUUAACAAAACUGUUACAGUGAAGUGAAGUUAUUGGCUUUCAUGCUAAAACCAUAACAAUAGAAGGUGUUCCGACAAGUCAGGGUUUAAUAUACCUCACAUUGUGUAAGCUAGGACGUCUUGGCAAUUUGUAUUCUUUUAUAAGUGUUAUUUUUAAUUACUUAACAUUUGUGUAGAACAGUGAAGUCUUUCAAGACAUACAUGAAAUACCUUAGAUUUGAAGAUUGGACAUGUCAAUCGAUUUCAGUGACAAACAAUGAUGCCCAAGACUUCUCUAUAGAUAAGUAUUGACCUUAUCUUUAGAUUGUUGUCUUAGACCUUCCAUUUUGUAGUAACUCUGUAUAUAUUUCUAUGGCAUUGCUGUGCUCUAAAGAGUAAUUAGCUGUUGAAGUGAAUUUACGUAUUGUAGAGUUAAAGAAAAUUAUCAUGAGCAUCGUAAUGAUUAAAGCAGAUGUCAGUAGACUUGGCAGAUUUUAAUCUGUAAAAUCUUACCUUCAUGUUGUGAAAAUAUAAACUCGAAGACAGAUAAGCACAUUGUUGAAAGGGGGCGGGGCUAAGCAAGGUCUAUAGUGAAUUACUGCCACUGAAGCAGGGCUAUCAGGUUGCAGGGCAGAUUAAAUGACUUCCUGAUCCUCUAGUACUCUGCUUCAGCCAGGGUUGUAGCUAGGAAAUCUGGGGACCCAGUGCAGGUUGUUGUUGUGGGCCCUCCCCAUUGGAUGAAAUCGCUCGGACCCCACAUCCCCCCCCCCCCCCCGAAAGCCCUGAUAAUUUUCACCACCUUUCUCUGACAGUUGAUGGCUAAACAUAGAAAAUCAUGUCACCCGAAGCUUUUUUUCAAUAGUGCCCUAUAAACGUAAAAAGCACUUUUAUUUAAGACUUUUUUGGUCUUUAGCUGCACUUUGAGUAGUUUAUUACUGAAUGACAAAUGAUUGUAAAGCUGAACCUUUCACAAAGUAUGAAUAGAGCAUCUAGUCUUUGUAAAGUUAUACAGCAUUCAAAAAGAAUUCAGAUACCUUCUAUAUUUUUUUUAUUACACAUUUAAUUAUAGUUAUAUAUUUUAUAUAUAAUUAUAUAUUUGCUGUCACACUUUGUUAUGUUUCAUCCUUACGCUAAAAGUAAUCAAGAUGAUCCAGAGAAAUGUGACAUUUCAGUUUUUGUCCUGUUAAAUAAACAUGCAAAACUUGCAAAAAAGUAUUUUAGCAUAAGGCUGCAAUCUAACAAAAUGUGAAAAAAUGACUGAAUACUUUCUGAAUGACCCCUGCACAAAAAAACACCCUGCUUUUCUUCAACCACCACAAGCUAUACCUCUUAAAUGCCAUUAUUUGUAAUGUUUUCUUCAUCACUGGGUUUAUUCUUCUUUAGUCAUUUGCUUUUUAAAUUUGGGGUUUGAGAGUUUGAAGGCAAGUCGAAGGAAAGGCUUGCUAUUUUAAGUUUUGUUGUAAUAUAUUUAUUGUUUUAAAUAGUUUGAUGUUUGGGGAAGAAAAAAAUACGUACUGUUGUUUAACAAAUUACAUUAAGUGUUUGUUUUAACCUAUGCAAUACUUGUCUUUACUGUUUCUGUUUUGCAGUUGUAUCAGUGUGUCAUGUUGUUAGUCUUUGUUUUUCUUUGGAAUAGUAAUACUGUAUGUCUUCUGCUUGCAUGUACAGACAUCCUGCAUUUAUAUGGUGAAGGUCUAAUGUAGCAUAAUUGAGCUAAAACAAGAAUUAAAAACAUUUGAGGUAUCAAAAUUCACUGUGUAAUACCUUAUCGUUCCUCAGCUUUGCCCACAGAGUGUUGUUAAGGGAAACGCACACACACAUCAGUUAUAUCUGUGUUUGCUAAUAAAAUGCUGUUACAGUAUAAAA